GCAUAACGCGACCAAAACAUAUCUUAGAGAUCACAUUGCUCUGUACACCCCUCUACAUCCCAUUCCAUUCCAAAUUAAAUACAAAUUAAAUUAAAACAAGCCAAUGUCAUCUGCCAGCACCACUGCCGCCAACGCCAAUAACGGCAAAACCCAGACCAUCAACCUUGAAGACCUGCCUCUCGCGCAGCUGCAGAAGAUCAAAGCACAGCUGGAGGAGGAGCUCAAUGGACUGACCGGCGCGUUCUCGCAGAUGAAGCAAGCCCAGGCCGCAUUUCGGGAGUGCAAGGGGUGCAUCGAUGCACUGACGCCCGAGAGCCUGGACAAAACCAUCAUGAUACCUCUGACAAACUCGCUCUACGUUCCCGGUAAACUUAGCAACAUCGAGAACGUCGUGGUGGAUGUAGGCACGGGCUAUUAUGUGGAAAAAUCUAAGGACGACGCGAUUUCUUAUUACGAUGCCAAGAUCGAGUAUGUCCAGAACAACGCAAAGACCAUCCAGGAUACUGUGGAGCAGAAGCAGGCUAGCUACCGCGGAUUGCUCGAGAUAAUGCAGUACAAGCUCACCCAGCAACAGCAGCAGCAAAAGCAGCAGCAGGGUGCUGGGAAGCAAGCAGCGACUGACUCAAGAGCUUAACAUGCGCAUAUAAUAUAUGACUGCCACAUGUGUUUUUUAAUAAUGACUGCAUGUUGUGACUACAUAUUUGAUAU